UCAACUCGAACAUAGAAAAUAAUCGAUGAAAGCUAAGUGAAGCGCACAAGGAAUGGAAUCAGCUGCUAUAAAUUCCUAACGUCGCCAUCUUUCUUCCCUCAAUUUUCUUUCUUUUCUAUUCCAUUUCCUCGUCUUGUUCCACCUUCUCUCUCUCGCCUCCACUUUCCUUCAUCUCUCUUCUUACAAUCAAUCUCAACUCUUCUUCCUUAUGUUCUUGUUGAUCAAUCACAAAUACAGUAACCCCCUUUUCGAUCUCACCUAACUCUCUGCAAUGCACGGAAACCACCAAUCCUGGUUAACCCAUUUGAUCAAAUCCGACCCAUCUGAUUCGAUCUUCCUCGGAGGGUUGUUUCUUGACGACAAUCUUCCUCCCUCUUUCGUUUCGCUAAUCUCUUCUAAAACCUCUUCUGGGUCGGCUUCAUUUUCUCCCUCUUGCUCUCACAGUCGUCACAAGACUCUUAACUUUCAAAUUUUGGGUCGCGGAAGAAGGCGAGUUUCCGAUGGAGGUGGGUGCGGUUUUUUAUCUGUGAGCUUGUCUGCAAAUGGGAGUGGAGAGAAUGGAGAUUACAUUCAGGAUUCGGAAGAUUAUUUGGGACAAAAUGGGAAUAAAGGUUCGAUGGAGAAGGCUAUUCAUCAUGAGGAAGAAGAAGAAGAGAGGGAAGAGAAAGCUGUAUUGCGAGGAUCUGGUGCUAUGAAUAUGACCAAGCAUCUGUGGGCCGGAGCUGUUGCUGCUAUGGUUUCAAGAACUUUCGUUGCGCCUCUUGAGAGAUUGAAGCUAGAGUACAUAGUUCGCGGUGAGCAGAAAAACCUUAUUGAACUGAUCAAGACCAUAGCAUCUUCUCAAGGUCUGAACGGUUUUUGGAAAGGAAAUUUUGUCAACAUUCUUCGCACUGCUCCUUUUAAGGCUAUCAAUUUCUAUGCUUAUGAUACAUACAGAAAUCAGUUGUUGAGAUGGUCCGGAAAUGAGGAAACCACUAAUUUUGAGCGGUUUAUCGCUGGUGCUGCUGCCGGAAUUACUGCAACUGUACUGUGCAUUCCUAUGGACACUAUCCGGACUAAGAUGGUGGCACCAGGUGGGGAAGCCUUGGGUGGUGUCAUUGGUACCUUUCGCCACAUGAUCCAAACUGAAGGCUUUUUUUCUCUUUACAAGGGUUUAGUACCCUCAAUUAUUAGCAUGGCACCGUCAGGUGCAGUGUUUUAUGGUGUUUAUGAUAUACUAAAAUCAGCUUACCUACAUUCACCAGAAGGAAGGAAAAGAAUCCAAAAUAUGAAAGAAGGUGGUCAGGAGUUGAAUGCUUUGGAACAAUUAGAAUUAGGUACUAUAAGAACAUUAUUGUAUGGUGCCAUAGCAGGGGCAUUUGCUGAAGCUGCUACAUAUCCAUUUGAAGUUGUGAGGAGGCAGCUCCAAAUGCAAGUUAGGGAAACAAAGCUGAGUGCAGUUGCAACUUGUGCCAAGAUUGUUAAUCAAGGGGGUAUCCCCGCUCUUUAUGCGGGCUUAAUUCCUAGCUUAUUACAGGUUUUACCAUCAGCUGCCAUAAGCUAUCUCGUGUACGAAUUUAUGAAGAUAGUUCUGAAAGUAGAAUCAUCGUAAAGAUCUGAAGCCUGCGUGUAAAGUUCGAUGUGUUGUUGAUGAUUUCCAUAGCUUGCAGGCCAAGGUUCAGGAAGAGCUAAAGAUCAUGUCAAUGGCCUUGGCUGUUCGGAGCAAAGUAUUUAAUGGCCAUCAUUAAAGUAGUAUUUUAAUUUAUUUCUUUUUCUUUCUUUACAGUUUGGGGCUACUGAGGCAUUGAUGUUGUUUUUAAACGCAUUGCCCACGUAAAGAGCUCCAAGUUCGAAAGGAGUGAUAUAAUGUUAAUUAGGAUGUCAAUAAAAGGGUAAGCAGCUCACAAGAUUAUGGUCUGUGGAAUUAGAACAUUUUUGCAUUGCAUUACUCAUACCAAAAUCGCUUGUCA